AUGGCUCCCCCAUCCGCUACCUACGAAGUCGUUGACACCGGCACAUCAGUGCCUACAAAUGGGCACGAAAAAGCCGCCACUGUUCCCCUGGAGCCAGGACUCACAGAGAAGCAGGGCGAGACGGUAGGAUUGAACAUCCAAACCGCUCCAACAUUCACGGAUAAGUAUGAGGAGCGUGCAUAUCAAAAGGGACGGUUAGCAUUAGCCUUUAGGAUUUUUGCCAAGCUGGGAUUCGAUGAGGGUGUUGCGGGACACAUUACGUUGCGAGACCCCGUAGACCCAAGUUCCUUCUGGGUCAAUCCCUUCGGCGUAGCCUGGCCCCUCCUCAAAGCCUCCUCCCUAAUCCUCGUCAACGCCGACGGGAAAGUCAUUGACGGCGGUCCCGUACGCUUGCUCAACACAGCCGCAUACAUGAUCCACCACGCCGUGCACACUGCACGUCCAGACGUAAACUGCGUCGCGCACUCGCACUCCAUCUACGGACGUUCCUUCUGCACGCUCGGCAAGAACCUCGAUACCAUCACGCAAGACUCAUGCGCCUUUCACAACGACAUCGCUCUCUACAGUUCGUUCCGCGGUAUCGUGCUAGCUGCAGAUGAGGGGUUGGCUAUUGCUGCAGCGCUGGGACAGAAGAAAGCGGCGCUGUUGCAGAAUCAUGGACUUCUGACGUGUGGGAAGAGUAUUGAGGCUGCUGUGUUCUGGUUUAUGAGUUUGGAAAAAUGCUGUCAUGCGCAGCUGCUGGCUGAUGCUGCGGCGGGCGGGGUAGGGGCAACGACGGUCAAAAUUGAUGAAGCAGAUGCGGCUUAUACAUAUAAGGCUUUGGGCACCGAGAAGGCGGGUUGGUUUAGUGCAAAGCCUACUUUUGAUGUAAUGGAGCAUGAAGCAGGCGUGGAUUAUAAGGGGUGA